AUGGCCGGCGCUGCAGGAGUAGUUGCAACGACAACGAAAAUCGGUUGGGUCGGGCUCGGCCGCAUGGGGCACCCAAUGGCCGCGCAUGUCGGUCGGAAAAUUGGAUGGGACCGGCUGAAGGUGUUCGACCCGUCUGAAGCAGCAAGGAAGCUGUUUCACGAGAAGCAGAGCGCUGCUCGCAUAGAAGGCGGAGCUCCUGGUGGUGAAACAAACAGUGAAGCAGGAGGUGCGAGUAGAGCGUGUAGUUCUAGUUAUGCUCCUGCAUCAUCGCCGUCUUCGUCGGGUUCCUCUUUUCAGCAGCACUGCAAAACGGUCAUUGCAGAUUCGUUGAAGGAGUUGGACGACUGCAAGGUCGUGUUUCUCUCCGUCCCUACCUCGAAAGAGGUCGCCCAAGUCGCCGCCGCACUCUACGGGUUGGGAAAUAAAGAAGGUGGAGCGAAUGCUUCUGGUGCAUUCGACGGGCAAAAAGUCCCAUCACGAUCAGCGGGACAGCAGGAGUUACAGUCUGAAGCAGCCGACAUUAAUACCACAGGCAGCCACAAGAUUCAGACUCUUCCCCCGCCAGACGCAAAUACCAGAUUUCUGAUCGACUGUUCCUCGGGGGAUUUCGCGGCUACCUGCCAGCUCGGCGCGCUUCUGAAAACUUCCAGAAACGUUCAGCUGAUUGAUUGCGCGGUGUCCGGGGGGCCGCGGGGCGCGGAGGCCGGAGAGCUGGCGUCAAUGAUCGGGGCACCGCGGUUUUCCACUGAGGACGAAAAUUCCAUCGUGGACGAACUGAUUUCGUCUUUUUCGCCCGAGGCCAAAAAGCACUACUUGAACUGCCUCGGCGCCGGGCACGCGGUCAAAUCGGUCAACAACGCGAUGAACGCGACCAAACUCGUCAUGGCCAUGGAGGGUUUGGUUGCGCUCCAGAAGAUUGGCGUCCCGUACGAAACCGCGGUGACGAGCAUCAACAAGUCGAGCGGCCGAUCGCUGCAGUCGGAAGUGCGAAUCCCGGAGGAAGUCCUGACAAAGCGCUACAACUACGGCUUCGCGGCGGAGCUGAUGCACAAAGACUGCCGGCAAGCCCGGUAUCUAUUUGAGAAAGCGGGGAUGAGAAGUUACGACGUGUCUUUUCCGGUUGUAAAAACACCAGCGACUACUAGCGGCGAACAUGUUGUUGACUGUGAAAAAACGACAGCAGCUGCAGCUUCGGAGCACGAAGAAGAUGUGAAAAGUGUCAAGUUGAGAAGAGAGUACGUUUUACCGCAGAUCGAGAAAGUCUACGAUUCAGCGGUGGAAAAAACGAACGGGGAGAUUUGCAAACAAGACUACACGAAGAUCUGCGAAUUUGUGGAAACGGAAGCUGCGGGCGAGAGGGAUAAGUUUCAACAAAAUCUUCAAAAGAUGGCGAACAGUACUACCCGAGUUGCUCCUGCUGACAAUACCGCUUGUGGUGUCAACAGAAACACUGACAGAAUCGCGUCCUCCUCUGCUCAGGUGGCGUUGUGAUUAAAUGCAAGAGGCGAAUUUGGACCUAAAAAGUGCCUAAAGACAUCACGCAGCUGUUUGGACAUGAUAUUAGAAUCACUAGGAU